UUAAUCUGAUAAAUGCUUUGCUUUUAGUUGAAGCAUAAACAGCAAAACUUUGUCCAUGCAUACAUUUUUAUUAAUUAGCUUAAAUUAUGUUAUUUUAAAAAGAAUUUUUUUUAUAAAAUUUUAAUUGAAUCCAUAGUGAAUGCAGUGCAGGACAGUAACCGAUUUGUCCACAACAGUCUUUUUUUUUUUUUUUUCGAGGCCUCAAAAGAACGGUUAUUUAACUGCUAUCCGUUUCCUCAAUGGACAAGCCUUUUCAAGUGAUAAAAUUUUUAAAUUUUUAUUAACUCUUUCAGAAAAACCAUCGAUAAAACACCCCACCUUGCUUUUAUCUGUUUUUUUAGUCAUUUGGUGGCAGUAGGAGAGCGAAAUCAGUCUUUUGGUGAAUCUGAGAAGUGGGAUUUGCAGCAAGUUGGUUCUGGAUUUGAAGUAGGUGGGACUGUUUCUGAGAUGGGUUUAUAGUGGAAUUGUGAAGAUCUAGGUGGUUUUCGAGUGUGAAGAGAUAUGGAACCCCCGAAGGAGAUUUUGUCUUCUUUAUGGAACUUUAUUAUUUUUCUGCCUUUCUUCUUUGGGCUUCUGGUUCUUGGGACCGUUAAAGGUGUUGUUUUCUGCCCGUUGGUAUGCCUUAUCAUGACCAUUGGAAACUCUGCUAUAAUACUGGGUCUUUGGCCACUGCAUAUUGUCAAGACAUAUUAUUCAAUUUUGAGAACUAAACAUAUAGGGCCAGUUCUGAAGAUUGUGCUAUGUAUAUGCCUACCAGCUACCCUGAUUCUGUGGCUAGUUCUUGGCAUUGUUGGGAGUAUCAUAGGUGGAGCACUCUAUGGGCUUCUUUCACCAAUAUUUGCCACUUUCGAUGCUGUUGGAGAAAGGAAGACUAAUAUGCUUUACCAUUGUUUUUAUGAUGGAACUUGGGACACUGUAAAAGGCAGUUUCACCGUUGUCAGAGACUUUGGAGAUGUUUGUUAUCAUUCUUACUUCUCACUUUUGGAUGACCUGCGGCAAGGGGCCCCAGAUGUGAAAUAUUAUGAAAUCAGAUUGCUUCCUCUUCCCGGUGCUAUUAUUGCUGCUUCACUUGGUAUCGUUUUUGACUUUCCGCUGGUCUCACUUAUUGCCAUCUGCAAAAGCCCAUACAUGCUUUUUAAGGGGUGGCAUCGAUUGUUUCAUGACCUCAUAGGGCGUGAAGGCCCUUUCUUGGAGACGAUAUGUGUACCUUUUGCAGGCCUUGCUAUCCUCCUCUGGCCAUUGGCUGUUGUUGGGGCUGUUUUGGGUUCCAUGGUAUCAAGUAUCUUCCUUGGUGCUUAUGCAGGCGUGGUUGUUUAUCAGGAGUCUUUUUGGUUCGGGCUUUGCUAUAUUGUCGCAUCCUUGGCCAUUUAUGAUGAGUACAGCAACGACAUUCUUGACAUGCCAGAAGGAUCUUGCUUUCCAAGGCCCAAAUACCAAAAGGAUCCCAAGCUGACAAAGACCACCUCUCGUGCAGCUUCCUUUUCAGGGUCCACUUCUGUUCGAAAUCCUCUUUCCCGCGGAGGUUCAUUCAAUCACCCUAUGGUUGAUCUUAAGCCACUUGAGCUACUUGAUCGCAUAUUUAAAGAGUGUCAACACCAUGGUGAGAUUUUUGUUUCUGAAGGACUGAUAACACAACAAGACAUUGACGAUGCAAAGUCUGGCAAGGGUAGCAGAGUGAUUAGCAUUGGUUUACCAGCUUAUUGCAUUCUUCAGGCACUGUUGCGCUCUGUAAAGGCCAAUUCUGUGGGAAUUUUGUUGACUGAUGCAGGCGACAAUGUCACUGAGAUAACUAGCACAAACAGACCGAAAGAUACCUUCUAUGAGUGGUUUCUUAACCCCUUUUUGAUCAUCAAAGACCAGAUUAAAGCAGAAAACCUUUCUGAGGAAGAAGAGGGAUAUCUCGGCAGAUUAGUAUUGUUGAAUGGUGAUCCCACAAAGUUGAAAAGUUUAAAUAGUGGUCCACCACCUGAGUCUGAACGUAAACGUGCUGAACUCGAUGCGCUAGCUCGAAGGCUUCAAGGGAUUACCAAAUCUGUCUCGAGGUAUCCUACUUCAAGACGUAACUUUGACCAUCUUGUCAAGAACUUAUCAGAAAAUCUAGCUAAGAAGAAUGGUGAGACCAAAGCAAUCAACGCAAUUCCGAGAUCAAAAAGCGCCUUUGCCAGGAUGUUUAGCCAGAACUCUUUUAAAAAGAAAACAAGCUAUCAUGGUUCUUCUGAUCAAGAGACAGAAUCAAUUUCCGCAAGGAAUGUGGAAAUCCACAUUGUAUGAUGAGUGAUGUUGGAUGUAAAGCUGUUGUUGUAUCAUUUCCAUUUUUAGCAACGGAAGAGUGCAUAGUUGAUCUUAGCUAUAUCUUCCUACGUUACGUUCAUAUCUUUGCCUUGUCAUUGCUGACACCCGAGAGGUAUUUUGUUUUGAUAAACAUAUAUUCAUCAUACUGGGUCGUCUUCCCAAAAAUUAGUCUUCCAGGCCUAAUUAGAAAUCAUCAUUUCUAACCAUUGAAGUGUCCCGUUUGUAGAUAGGCUGGCAGGAAAAUAAAAUCCCAUGUACAAGACACUAAUUAUGAAUUAGCAAAUGUAAAUAAAAUUGUUUUCUUUUUA